GAUUGUUCAUUUUUUUUGCCCCCUUUUCAGUUGUCUUGGCCUGUUCUUUCCCGGUGAUGGGCGCCGGCCUCCUCCUCGGCGACGCCGCCAGCCUGGGGGCCUACCACGCCCUACGCCGCCGGAGGACGCACCUCUACCGUCGCAACUGGGGCUCCAAGCCCCUGCCGCGCCCGCCGGUCUGGCUCGGCGCGGCCGCUCGUGUUUCACGGAAUCGCGACGACCGCCGUGGCCACGUGCCCAGGUUCGCCGCCUCCGCCUCGGGCGGCCGUGACGAGCCCGGGGAGCUAGCCGAGGACGAGGCGCAGAGGAAGAGGGAGCGGGAGGCGGAGCUGAAUCGCCGACUGAAGGAGGCCGAGGAGAUGGAGGAGUUGGAGCGCACCGCCGAGCAGCUGCAGAGCCAGGCCGCCGCCGAGGCCCCCGAGGAGUCGGAGGAGGAGAAGCGUGAGCGUGUACGCCGCGAGCUCCAGAAGGUGGCGAAGGAGCAGGCGGAAAGGAGGGAGACGGCGAAGCAAAUGUUUGAAUUGGGGCAAAGGGCCUACGGGAAAGGAAUGUAUGGACGCUCAAUUGAAUUCUUGGAGGCUGCACUCACUAUCAUACGUCCCUCCUCUCUCCUCGGUGGCGAGAUCCAAAUUUGGCUUGCAAUGGCAUAUGAAGCCAAUAGGAGGCACAAGGAUUGCAUUGCAUUGUACAAAGAGUUGGAGAGUACCCACCCUAUGAUCAACAUCAGACGGCAGGCAGCUGAACUUAGAUACAUUUUAGAGGCACCCAAGUUGAAGAUAUCAAACGACGAGGUGGUCACAAUACCACAAAUUGGGAGCAGCUGGGAUUGGUAUGCUGGAACAUGGAGCGACAAAAUCAAGGAACAAGAGGACAAGAAAAGAAAGAUGAUUGCUGCUAGCAACCAAGUUCAACCUUCUCCAAACAUCUUUGGAGACUUCUCUUUCUUGCGACUGCCAAGUGAAUGGAAGAAGAGUGCAUGGGUGAUUGUUACUUUGUGGGUCCUUUUGAUUGGAACAGCAAUCUAUCUGCAAACAUGAACAACUCCUGCAACUCUGAAACAUGCCACUCGCAUCUUUGCCAGGCACUGAUCCAUGGUUCAAACCCAGAGAUGUUGCUAAUAUGGCCGUGCCUCAGACUCCUCUAAGACAUGAUAGGCCCUGGUGGAUUGCAUUUGUUAUUUUAGGCGUGCUAUCCAAGAAUGCAUCGUAUACUCUUCCGGACUGGCAUGGGCCAUUUGUCAUUUGAAGAUUUUCUUUUGCUGCAAUGUAAAUACUAACUAUUGUAACUAGCAAUGCAAGCAGAUGUCAUCUAGUUCAAUUGAUUAGCAGUUCACCUGUGUGCUCGUAUACACGAUAAUAUUGCAUCUGGAGUUGAUUUUUUAUUA